AUGGACAGCCGAGAUGUACAGAUCACACACGCGAUUGAUUUUAUUUACAAUUGCACUGAGGAUGAAAUCCAUCGUCAUGGCGAACAGAUGAAUCUACUAGUCAGUCGUAUUGGCGCUGUCCGUAGCCUACCAAACAGGACAGACAAAUCGCAACCGCUCAUCGCCGCUCAUCAAUUCCUAGCCAAGGUGCAGUCAUCAUUGGACGCCACAUACGAUAUGCAGGAUUGCAACAUCGUCGAGUUCGUCAUCAUCGCAAUGCGUAGAAAGACUCUCUCCACGAAUGAGAACGCGAGCCUUGCGUUUUGUUCUCUCGGCCGCGGAAGUAACGAAAUCGACCGCCAAUUACACGUCCAAUGUGCACUUUAUCACGCAAUUGCUUGCUAUGGAACAGAUGACCCUCUUACAAGAUCGUCAAACCGCGAAGAGUUCUAUUUAGGCAAGAUACCCGCAUACUGCGAUAAAGUCAAUGCGGAGCUCGCUGUAAUGAGACGUUGUAUUAGAACGGGGUCAAAACUUGAGUACUUGCGACGAGCCGCUGGUGGACCGGGACUUCUGACGGUGCUUGCUCGAGUGGUUACGUCUUUGAAUUUGGUUCCGUGGCCGGUACUGCAGAAAGUGGCUAUGCUAAUGGAGGAGUAUCCGCUCAUACUGGCGGCGAGUCAUGAUUUCAAGGAUCAAUCGUCAAACUUAAAUGCCGCAUACUAG